AUGGCCUUUCGAGUCAACCUCCCGCCUGCCACGCGCACCCUGCUAAUCAGUGUCCUCGCCCUUUCCUUCCUGUACAACAUCGCAAGAUGGCGCCAGCUCGGCCUCACCCCGACGCCUAGUGUCCCAUACCUGACACUUAUACCGGCACGGUUCAUCUUCUAUCCUUGGACUCUCCUCACGGCUACUUUCGUCGAGCAGAACAUCUUUACCGUCAUUCUCAAUGCAGCAACUCUCUUCUAUGGUGGGAAAUACCUCGAGCGGGCCUGGGGUUCGCGCGAGUUUGGCAAGUUCAUCGUCAUCGUUGCGCUGGUUUCGAACGCGGUGACGGUGCUGCUGUAUCUUAUAUGGGAUUCUUUCGACGGGGAUCAUCUCAGAGGGUACGACUUUUUCUCCCAUGACGAAUGUACCACAGACUGUUCUCCGGCUGAUACUCUGGGCUUAAGUCGGACCCCCAUCUGCGGCGGUGUAGCGCUUCAAGGAGCCUUCCUGGUUGCUUUCAAGCAGCUCGUCCCCGAACAUACGGUUACGAUCCUCCGAGGCGUCAUCAAGGUGCGCGUCAAGCACUUCCCGUCCCUUUUCCUCCUCCUCAACACUAUCAGCGGAGUCGCUUUUGGAACGGAUACCGCAGCCGUCCUGGCCUGGGUCGGACUGUUGACUAGCUGGACAUACCUACGAUUCUACAAGCGCCAGCCAGAUCUCUCUGGGACCUCGACCAGUGGUCUUGGUAUCAAGGGUGAUGCCAGUGAGACUUUUGCGUUUGCAGGAUUCUUUCCGGACGCAGUCCAGCCAGCGAUUUCUCUGGUCGCGGACAAGAUCUUCGACAUUCUCGUGUCGGUGAAGGUCUGCACCCCGUUUUCGGAUGAGGCUAUUGCUUCUAGCAAUGAACAGGUGCUCGCACGAGGCGAGGCUGGUCUUCCCAGUCUGCUGAACAAUGGCAGAGGUGGAACGAGAGGCAUGGGCAAGCGAGAGGAGGCGGAGCGAAGACGAGCUUUGGCUCUCAAGGCUCUUGACCAGAGACUGCAGGCAGCCACUGCGGCACGCGCUCAGUCACAAUCUGGCGUUUCCAGUCCUCCGACGCAUACAUCAUCUCCAGUCGCAACGGCUACAGUGUCUUCUGGACAGGGCAUGUUAGGGGAGACUAACUACGCCCCUGACCAUUCCUGA